AUGAAUGUCGAAAAUAUGUUCGAAACGAUUAUGAGCAAGCUGGGUAAAUUAGAUAUUAUUGAUGGCCGUAUGAUAUCGAUGGAACAAGAACUGAAGCAAGUAAAAGAAUCUUUAGAAUAUGCAUGUGCUGAAGUUGAAACGCUGAAGAAAGAAAACGCAGAGCUAAAGAAGUCAGACUCGGAGACGAAAGAAAGAUUGGCGAAAGUAGAAGAGCAGAAUUCAACAUUAAAUAGUCGCGUCAUUGACCUACAAGCAAGGUCAAUGCGCGACAACUUAAUGUUUUAUAAUUUACCAGAGCGUGAGGACGAAAAUACAAACAACCUCAUACAUAACUUAUUACAAGAGCAACUUGGAAUAUCGAAUGCGAAGACUAUAAAGAUAGACCGUUCACACAGAAUAGGCAGAAGAACACCGGGAUCGAGAAGACCAAGAGCCAUUGUCGCGAAAUUUAAUUUUUACCCGGAUAAGGAACGUAUACUGGCUAACGCGAGGCGAUUAAAGGGUACAGGAAUUGCAAUUUAUGAACAGUUCCCGGAGGAAAUUGUUAAAUUAAGAAAGCGACUACUGCCAGAAAUGAAGAAAGCACGUGAGGAUG